AGUCAACACAUUUUGCACUAACAAUACGACCCCUUAUUGUCGGCAAAACAGACCGCAAAUAAACACAACAACCAAUUGAUCGCAACUUUCAUAACAAUUAUCUCAACAAAAAAGUUUUGGCAUUUCAUUCAAGUCUUAAAAGUGAUUGAAAGACAAUGAAAUUCAUCUCAUUAUCGGGAAACGGGAGUAAGUCUUGCAAUGCAAUCAAAUUCAAGUCAACACUUAUUAUGUUGGACUGCGCUCUCGACACCUCCACCACCACUGCUUUCCUGCCCAUCCCUCUCGUCCACAGGUAUACAUCCCAUACACACCCUCUCCGCCACUUAUACCCCACUAUUAACUCCAUUGUCUCUCUCACACCUCCGCAGCAAUCACUUGUCAACGCUUCCCAAUUGGACGCCUAA